GCACGUUAGCUGGAGCUCCGUACCUUAUGUAAGGUUCCCAACGCGGAUGUAAGAGCCGCGCGGUGCAGCCACAAUUUCAGACGAUGCUUGCCUAGCAAGCAGGCAAAACGAAGAAGCAUUGGAGCGAACGACUUCGUAUCCAUCGAUGAUGGGCAAUACGGCGUACAUCUACUUCGUCGCCCUUCGACACGCUGUCCUCAGCGUGCUUGUUAACAACUUACGUCCUGCCUUGCUACUAGCUGGGCGAUCCCCUCUGGACAACCUCAGGCGGACGACCCUGCUACCCUGCGCUUCUGGACGCGGGCGACCGUGGGAAAGCGUUUCUCGGGACUCGAGAGAAUCUCCACAGAUCGGCGCGCUCCCUUCAAAGGGUCGACAGGCACCGCAGCGAUUACCGAUCAUCGAUCAGCACAACCUGAAGCAGACCCCGUGCAGCAUCCCUGCGUAGUACCACCUUACUAAACAUGCGUGCAGCAACGAUAGCGCCGACGCCAAUGCGUGCGCUCAUCCUGCACACGCACGAUGUCGCGCGCUCGUUGAAGCCGUCUGUCGAUGGAGAGCUGGCCAAUGCUCUGCACGAAACGCUGCACUUUGCGCUCGAUGGCCGCGAGGAAGAUUGGGGGAUCAGAGAUGACGAGGACGAACGCCGGUGUGGGCCGAGCACCGCAAGCGGGAAUGGACCCAACUCUGCAUCUGGGCGUGCCACUAUAGGUGUGAACGGCAGCGUGUCAGCGCAGGAUCCUCAAGCAGACGCAGAAGAAGAAGAAGACUAUGAAUCGCUACCGCCAGCUCGAUCGGGCUUUUUCCUAAGCUCCAAUCCAGAGCGACCAUACAUCUCUUAUGCUUGGAAUGAACGUUCACAAACGCUCACGCUCCCGAAUCCAGUAGUAGUAGCGAACCCGACAACGCAAGAUCCCUGCAGUCCAGAAAAUCGGUCCGAGUUCGACGUCACUGCCAAGUUCUUCUACCUCGAUGAUGCACACGCCAGCGGUCAAGACGCACGAGAGGAGCGGUUCCCGGUCGCGUACAUCGAUGAUGCGCUCAAGCGCUUGACGAUGAGCACGUCGCUUAUCACCAUCGACACCUUCAUCGUCUCCUUCCCCACUCUGCGCCUCGAUAUUGGAGGAUCGAAGUCCUGCUGCGGCUCCGCCCAUGAUGAUCAACGUGGGAACGCAACGUGCACAGCAGGGUCCGCGACGCCGGGGGCAUUGCCGUCCGAUGGAUGUGGUAUUACGCCCUGCACCAACUUGUCUAGGAGCGCAGCACUGGCCAAUCAUUCGAAAGCAACAGUAGGCGUGAUAUCGGGGCGCGCAUCGUCUUCCGACCACACACACAAGCUGCGAGAGGAUAUACAGGCCGUCAAACAAGUUUGGGAGGCUAUCUCGCCAAAUCCACAACUUGUCUCCCUAGGCAUCGCAGAUAUCUCUCUUCCCGCUCUGCAGCAGCUUCUAUCCUCCUCCGAUGCUUCGACGUCUGGAAAGAAUGCCAUCUCAAGAGGAGAGACGGCGCUGCCGUCAGACGCAACGGUUCCGUCAGCGGCGCGGAAGCCUCGCCUCGUCACUGUCAACGUCAAGGGGAAUCCCUGUGCUAUAGACAAGGAGCUCAAUGCGUGGUGUGAGAAGCAGGACAUGCUGCUUGUUGCGCACAAUGAUCAAAGAGACCUCUUACCGGCACGAACGUUACCAGCGUUGUUGCAAGAAUUCGAGCACGAUCUGCCACAUCCUGCGCCUGUGGAAGGUCGGCUGCGUCCGCGGUGGGUUCUCAAGUACUCGACUGUGAUCCGAGAGCGUGGGAUUUUGGCAGACAAAGGAUACAUUGUGUACGCAGAAUGGAUCUAAUCGUAACUGCGUGCAGCCCCCACCGUAUUGUAUAAAUACUUUCGAUAGCGUC